AUGGAUCAUUCCUCAGUCCUUAUUGAUGAGAAAAUAUAUUUUAGUGGUGGAAUUACUGAUCAAUCUACGAAUGAAUUCUUCUACUUAGAUGUUUCUAAACCAUUUAACACGAGUGAUAAUAAUACAUCAAUGCCAUGGUUUGACCUUACUGAUAUUAAUAGUCCUAAAACGCUUAAAGGUUCGGCCUGUAGUGGUGGAGAAAAUAACGGAUUACUUUUUGUUUUUGGUGGUUACAUUUAUGGAUCUGAUAAUAUUUCUUCUCAUCAAUAUGAUAUAAGUAAAAAAGUAUGGACUGAUAUCAAGUCUGGACCAAUUAAUAGAUAUGGUAUUUCAUGUGCUAAAUUUAAUGAUAGUUUGAUCGCUAUUUUUGGAGGUGCUGCUAUAAAUGGUAGCGAUAAUUUAUUUAAUGAUCUUUGGACAUUCGAUAUAUCAACAUCGUUAUGGAAUUUAAAAAAUGCUCAAAAUCCUCCUUCACCUAGGGUGGGUUAUUGCGCAGUAACUUUACCUGAUCAAAGCAUAUUAUACAUUGGUGGACAGACAUCUGACCUAUUUGCUCCAAUGGAUACUUUGCCAUUAUAUAAUACAAAAUCUGAUACAUGGAUAAAUAUGGCUGUAUCUGGUCCAGCACCUCCCGGUCGUAGAGAUUUCUCGGCGGUGUUGACCAACGACAAUCGUAUUAUAAUUUAUGGUGGCAUGAUGGAUGAAUUAUAUGUUAGUGGGGAUGCGUGGACAUUAUAUAUUGAAAAUUCUCAAUGGUCAUGGACAAAAGGAAAUAUUACAAAUUCAUCUGAGGAUUCUAUUAUUUACAGUUAUGGACAUACUGCGACUUUAGUGAAUAAUUAUAUGUUUAUUAAUUUUGGUAAUAGACUUCCUAUCGAAAACAAUUCACCGAUAAUAAUGCUUUUAGAUGUAAGCCAAAAAGACAAUUUUAGAUGGGUUACUGAAUUUAUUCCAAAUAUUAUGAAUACUACGGUUUAA